GCUCUGAGGAAUAUAGGCAGCAUCCCUUCCAGCUCAUGCACUCAGUCUCACAGCUGCCCGUAAGACACCAAGAAGCCGCAGCUGCGCUGAGCACUGAUCCAAGGUGAAGCCUCAUACACACAUACACACACACACACACACACACACGCGCACCUACACACACACGCGCGCGCACACACACUGUCGGAUCCUCGCUGGGAAACGAAGCGCACUGUCACUGGGAGACGCGAUGUUGCUCAGACUGGCCGUGGCUCUACUGGUUUUGUCAGUGCUGGAGCAAGUAGUGGGAUCGGAUAAUACUGAUAUUCAUGACAUCCCGCCGGAGAAGCCUGUGAGCCAGAAAGGACGUCUGUCCCUGCAGAACACAGCUGAGAUCCAGCACUGCCUGGUGAGUGCAGGGGAUGUCGGCUGUGGUGUGUUUGAGUGCUUUGAGAAUAACUCCUGCGAGAUACGGGGGCUACAGGAAAUCUGCUUGACGUUCCUGCACAACGCUGGCAAAUUUGACUCUCAGGGGAAGUCCUUUAUCAAGGAUGCUCUGAAAUGUAUGGCGCACGGGCUGCGCCACAAGUUCAGCUGUAUCAGCAGGAAGUGUGCGUCCAUUAAGGAGAUGGUGUUCCAGCUCCAGAGAGAGUGCUAUAUCAAACACAACCUGUGCUCUGCUGCUAAGGAGAAUGUGGCCGUCAUGGUGGAGAUGAUCCAUUUCCAGGAUCUUUUCCCUAAAGGUCCAUAUGUGGAGCUGGUGAAUAUCCUCCUGAGUUGUGGAGAGGAGGUGAAGGAGGCGCUGACGCGGAGUGUCCGGCUACAGUGCGAGCAGAACUGGGGAGCUCUGUGUGAUAGCCUGAGUGUCUGCUCCUCCCUCGCCCCGUCUCCUGGCGGCUCCGUGAACGAACAUCACCGUCGCACUUUGCCCUCUCACCCCGAGCCGGAGCCUCCACGGCCCCCACGGAACGGCGAGAAGGACAAAGCUGGUAAGGCGGGAUUCAACGCCCACCCGCGCAGUCGCAGUCAAGGACCACGUCGCCAGAGUCCAGAAGCUGGAAUGGCGGCUGACCAGGAAGACCUCGCGGCUACCGACGUCCGGAGGUGAAAGUGCAGAAGACUGUCUCGAAUUUGAACCCCUACUCCAUUAAAAACAACAACAACACACUUAUAGACUUAUGCACCUUUCUCUCUC